AUCGAAAAAGCUCACAUUAUUGUUUGGAUUACUAUUCGAGUUAUUCGUUCUCCGUAAUUAAAUAUCUCUGAACAAUAUGACAGGCUAUCGUUAAAAUUCUACCAAAGUAGAACCGUCGAUCGUAGAAGAACCAAUCCGAAUACCGAAAGUGAUAACGAUGAUUUGGUUUAAAAUUAUUUUAUCACGUCCUCUCACUAUUAGUACGCGUACGUGAUACUAAUAGUGAACACAUAUUUCGUGUAGAUGAAGGUGAGCGUGCAUGUAUGGAAAGCUCCGAUACAUACGUGCACGUUGAGUCGAAUCAUUAUAUUUCUCAUAACCUUUUUUACCGAUUACGGAGCACGCCGGAUGCGAAUUAGACAAUCUUUAAAGAUGUGGCUAAAUCCCAACGUCUUGUAGCCGGUCGAGCGUGUAUUCUCUACGGUUUAUCAUAUCAUGGCCUCGUCAAACAAAAAAAUUCAAAUCGGCUCGGCUUGGUUUCAAACGAAAAUUAACCUAAGACCGCAGCGUCGAGGCAUCCAUCACGUCACCGAGGAAAUAUUGAGAAGAAUCCCGGAACUCUGCGAAUUCUCCGUCGGAAUAUGUCACAUACAAAUACUUCACACAUCUGCAAGUUUAGCAUUAAACGAAAAUUGGGAUCCGGAUGUUAGAGAUGAUGUAGAAAUGAUGCUUAAUAAAAUAAUUCCUGAGGGAUUGGCCUAUCGACAUAGUUGCGAAGGACCAGACGAUAUGCCAGCGCACGUAAAGGCAUGUUUCCUGGGCUCUUCGUUGAGCAUUCCGAUAACCGAUGGGAAGUUGACGUUGGGAACGUGGCAAGGGAUCUGGCUAUGCGAGCACCGCAACGACGCCGGAAGUCGCAAGGUCGCCAUAACGUUGACCGGUUGCCUGAGGGGUUCAGCGAGCAGCCCAUUGAGUCCUGUUAGCCCCAUCGCUUCGACUAGCAGCUAGGACCACUCACACCCCCAACGGCGUGGCAACCGUCAACUGGGCAUAUCCGCAUCCAAGUAUUCGAGCUAGCAGCCGCUUAAUUUUAGCAAUAUUCUAAGAGUCUAAUUAUAAAAAACGAUGGAAACAAACAAAGAGUGUAUGGAUACUUUCAAACCUUAAGAAGUGAACAAAAAAAAAUAUAAAUCUUUCUUAAGAAAGAUUACUCAUUAUUCAUCGACCUAAUUACGAUUCCUUUCUGUUAUGAAAGUUUAAUCGAUUGAUGGGGAAUUUUUUGGAGGGUAACCAAACAGAACCUAUACCGACAAUAUUUAUUGUUAAAAAUAAAAGAAACCAGGUUAUUUCAAUAGAAUCGAUUUAUCGUAUAAUUAAAUUCCAAAAGACGAGUACAAGUAUCCAGCACUCUUAGAAUCGAUACUUAAUGCAUUCCGACGAAAAAUGCGUCCAAUACUCCGAAUUUAAAUUGAUAUAGCUUUAUUUAAGAGAUCCCUUUUUGUAAAGAGCGAAAAAGGUAAAAAAACGAGACGUUGCGUUAUUUUUUACGGAUACGUAAGGAAAUAUUCUCCAGGCUAGAGUGCGUGCAAUUCGUUAACAACUCUCUUGAAAUCUCACUGCUUGUCAUAGGAUCAUUUUUUGAUGACCUUUCCCAUCGCAUCGGGGGUGUAAAUAGGUUACCAUCGACUCUUCUUUGCUGUGCUAAACGUAAUCUAGAAAAUCGGUGUUUUGAAAAGCUCGAAAACAUGGAAACGACGAGUCUAGAAUUAUUAUAACUUGAAAAUGUAAUAUAGAAAGGACCGAUCUAAACCGUAAUCGAAAAGAUUUCCGGAGGAUCUAGCACUGCAAAGAAAUCUCGUGUUAUACAGAUUAUUUAUAAAGUUACCAAAUUAACUGAAAAAAAGCUUGUCGUGGGGAGCUUGUUGAAUCGUAUCUCGUAACACUGUUAAGUAAACAGUCGAUGUUAGUUGUUAAUCUUCCUUCGUAAGUAGAAUAAAAACCGGUCGUCCGUUUAAUUAACUGACGGGCGUGCUUAUAAUGUAAAUCCGAUGCAAAGUAGCUUAAUUAAAUCAUUAACGGGCUCAAAAGUUAUAAUUAAUCGAGGAUUACCAACAUCUAGCAAAUCAUUAUCUUUUCGUGGAAACCGAAUUGCCACAAUUUCGGAGAAACGAAGCGAAUUUUAGAUUCCCGAAGGUAAUUACGACGAUUGGGAAAGGGAAAGUUAAUUAUUAUAUACGUGUAUGUGACUGGAACUUGCAUACUUCGUUUUAUAAAUUGUAGGCGAAUUGGUAAUCGUAUCUUUGCAAGCCAAUUACUGUGAAACACUAUUACAAUACAUUUUACAAUUUAACGAUACGUAAAUAUAUAUUUAAUCUCAUCUUCAACAUUUGCAAUUCAUUAGAACUCAUGUUUUUGUUUUUUAGGUGAGCUUUCUGAGUCUUAUUUUUAGAAUUAUUUCUUGGUUUUUUGGGGUUCUGAGUCAGAUUUAAGUCUAAGAACCCGAAGAUUUGUGGGUUUUUAGAUUUUCAGAUUUGCAAUUUCAUUAAAUCUCGUCUUUCUGUUUUUUUAGUUGGGGUUUUUAAGCUUUCUUUCGGGAAUUUUAUGAUUAUUUCUUAGUUUUAGGAGUUCUGGUUCAGGGAAUCCAAAAAUAUGCUAAAUAUGGGUACUCACAUGGGAUUUUAGACUAAUGUUUUUUAAAUUUCUAAUCGUUUUUCCACUAUAUGGAAGAGAAUUUAAAUUUAAAAAAUGAAACAAUUAAUAAUCUGUUGUAUAGGAGGUUUAAUUUUUUUCUUACAAUU